AUGACGGAAACAAUGGCAUUGAGUGGAAACUGUAGGACUAACCCUACGUCAAAAGAACAAGGAUCUGUUCAGAAUAGUUUCCCAGAUGUUGUAGAAUUAAAUGUCGGGGGACAAGUGUAUUACACGCGUCAUGCAACGUUAGUAAGCACCCCAAAUUCCUUGCUUGGCAAAAUAUUCUCACCUAAGAAGGAUGCCACUAAUGAUUUGGCGCGGGACCCUAAGGGACGCUAUUUUAUCGACAGAGAUGGAUUUCUAUUUCGAUAUGUGUUGGACUACCUCAGAGACAAACAAGUUGUACUGCCCGACCAUUUUCCAGAGAAGGGGAGGCUUAGGAAAGAGGCGGAGUACUUCCAGUUGCCAGACCUGGUCAAACUAUUGACGCCCGAAGAUUUAAAACACAGCCCAGACGAAUACUUCCACAGUGAUUUUGAAGAUGGUUCUCAAAGCAGCGACCACAAGAUGUGUCCGCCGUCGUCACUCGUUCCGGCAGACAGAAAAAGUGGAUUUAUUACGGUUGGGUACAGGGGCUCUUGUACCAUAGGCAGAGAGAGUCAAACCGACUCUAAAUUCAGAAGGGUCCCGCGGAUUUUGAUUUGUGGGAGGGUUGCGUUAGCCAAGGAAGUUUUUGGGGAGACCUUGAACGAGAGUCGAGAUCCGGACAGGACACCGGAUCGAUAUACUUCCAGGUUUUACCUGAAGUUCAAACACCUUGAGAGAUCAUUUGACAUGCUGUCCGAGUGUGGUUUCCAGAUGGUUGCUUGUAACUCUUCAGUCACAGCGUCAUCCGUGAAUCAACACACAGAAGACAAGAUCUGGUCAAGUUACACUGAAUACAUCUUCUAUCGUGGCACCUCUCGGUGGUCCUCCCCACCCUGUGACUGCUGCUGCAAGAACCACAAGGGUGACGGAGAGGGCGAGAGUGGCACCUCCUUCAACGAGCUCUCCACCUCCAGCUCUGAGAGCCAGUCAGAGGCCAGCUCACCCCAGGGCACCGUCAUCUGUGGGCCAGUCAACCGGCAGUCCCACUCCCAUGUCCAGACCCUGGACCGGCCGCUGAAGAAGGGCCCAGUGCAGAUGCUGCAGCAGUCAGAACAGCGCAGAAAGAGUGAUCUCCUCCGCACACUCACCACUAGCUCCCGAGACACCAGCACCUGUAAGAAGAGGCCAGCUAAGGAGAAGAUGACCAUUGAGGAGGAGCUGGAGAAGUGCAUCCAGGACUUUCGUAAGAUCAAGAUCCCUGAACGCUUCCCGGAGAGGAAGUACAUGUGGCAGGCGGAGCUGCUGAGAAAGUACCGUCUCUGAGACGGAGCCAGGCUAGCUGCUGUAGGAGUCACAAAGACGGAGCCAGGCUAGCUGCUGUAGGAGUCACAAAG